CCGACUCCUGCUCAGAAGCCAUUGCUGUCCAUAUCCAACACCAGGUCGUCUGGAAGGUAAUCUCCGAUCCUUCACCGGUUCCGGACCUCAGCGUUCCCUUUAUCCAGUAUAUGUAACCUUGAGGCCAGUACAAGCGCCACGGUUCCUUCCAUCUCAUCUGUUCACAAAAUGUCUCCCUCAGAGAAGCCAUCACGACAUGUCUGCCCAGACUGCGGCAGGAGCUAUAAGGCUGCCGAGACCUUGAACAGGCAUAGGAAGAACCAUUCCGACACUACGGCCUAUACUUGCGACAUAUGCCAUGCGUCCUUCAAAAGAAAAGACCUCUUGGAUCGUCACUCCAACAUUCACUCCAAUGGCAGACAACCGACGAGUCGAAACCGAAGCCAGCGCGCCUGUGACAGAUGCUCUAGGUUGAAGACCAGAUGCGACAACCUCGUCCCUUGCACUAGGUGUACUCGUGGCGGCCAUGCAUGCACCUACCGCCUCAAGAGUUGCCGAGCCAGGACUGAUCGCUCUUCGACAGCCAGCAUCGAUACAAUGCCAAGCAGCCGGUCCAGCGUUGACCUUCCCGGAGCACCUGCCAUGUUUCAGCAACCUCGAAUUCAGGUCCAAGAAGACUGGCCCGGUCUUUGGCAGGAAAGUAAUAUCUGGAGCUGGCCAGAGGUGGAGACAGACCCAUCCCUACAAAGACCUCCCACGCUCGUGCCCACCUCAGCAUGCGCCGUACAACCCACUCUCUCGCCCUGGACAGGAGAGAUCGACCCCAUGUUGAUGGAAGCAUCUCUGCUCUCGCCUUUUCAAAGCGUAGACUCAGACCCUGGCAGCCCUUGCAGUGGUUCAUCCAUCGAUCAAUGGACAUCAGCAGACCUCCAUCCAGCACUAACGUCCACCGCCUUCGACGACAUGGACCUCUCGCCCGCCAUCACCCCUUUCCAACCAUCCCUCUACCUCCCUCCACAAUUCGACUACAAAUCUCUCCCCGAACCAGCAUGUGAAACGCAGAACAUACCACAACAACAACAACAACAAACCCUCAUCACUGAACUCGCGACUGUCGCUUCAAACUUCUCCUCGCCUUUCACAGCUCGCUCACACCUCUGGUCCACCGCUGCGAAAACCAGUCGGACAAAUUUUCACCAUCCUUGACAUUCCACCAACAAACACUUCACCCCACUCAGAGGGGGGGGGGGGGGGGGGGUUUG